GGAUGGCAGCAAUAAGCCUUCGAUGAGCCUCAUACUGUAUCAACAACAAGAAGAAGUGGUUUCAUUUUCACCCAUAUCUGAGGAGCUGUGAAGUCAUUGCCCGCAAAAGAUUGUAAUAAACAUUUGAAGAUCCAUGGAAUUCCAGAUCCCAAUGCCAUUUUCACAUCCACUUCAAAUUCCAAUUCCAAUUCCAAUUCCAGCAGUACAAAGAAAAACAGACGCUCUAAUACAAUGCAUCAUAGACAACAAGGAGCAGAGACUUCGGAGAUUAUUAAGAGGAAAAGAUGUUAAUGGACUGUACCCUUCUGAAGACUGGAAUGAUGAUGUUACGCCAUUAACUGCUGCAGUUUUAUGCUUUAAUGAAGUAAUCUGCUCUUAUCUACUUGAAGAGUCAGCUGAUCCAAACAAACCAUCAACAAAUGGACGAACUCCUCUACAUUAUGCUGCAUUUACAACUGGGGUUCCACUGAGUAUUGUGAAAAGAUUACUUGCAGCAAAAGCUAACCCAAAUGGACAUGGGUUACAAAUUUUAAGUCCAUUGCAAUGUGCGGUUGAUCGUGACCGUGAAGACAUUGUGAAAGCACUUAUAGAGGCUGGAGCUUCACCUGACAGCAACUAUGGGGUGAAUCCAGAGCUUGAUAAAAAGGUGGAGCGAAUGAUUAAUCAGUUAUCUUCACAGGGUGAAGUAUUUGAGAAAGUACAUCUAUUUUUUUCUCUUUCUUGUGCUGUACGAACAAAAAAUCAAACAGAAGUUUACAGAAUCUAUAACAAACAUUUCUUUCAAGAGGAUCCUUUCAAUCAUAUUAUUUUGUUUGAGGUGUAUUAUGGUGUCAUUGGUCAAGGUGUGGAGCAGUAUCAUCAGAGCGCCAUCAAGUGGUUAAAAGAUACAAAAAGCACAGAUAGAUACAUUGAGGGAGUCAUCAAACGCUUCCCAAAAAUCCCUCAGAAUUACUGCCUGAAUCCACUAAACUGCUUAAAUGUUGCUUUAUGUAUCAGCAAAAGCAUCUUUCCUCAGGUAUUCAGUGAUCUUGUUUCAAUUCUAACAAACAGUCUUCAGCACUCAGGAAAUCCACAAGGAGAAAGAGUCAAUCAUCUGAUACUAAAGAUACUCAAUGUUAUGAUGCAGAAGACGUCUCAACAGAAACUGGGACUCAAUCAUUCUGUAUAUGGGAAGUUGUGCAAAAGUCUAUUGCCUCUCACACGUCCUGAUUAUUCAAGUCUGAUUGGAGUUUGGACCUAUGGACUGUUUGCCUGUAUAAAUGAUAUUGCUCCGGAACCUGUAGCCCUGUGUGGAUUGUCACCCAUCCCAGAGAUGAUACUCAACACUGCAGAGAUAGAGAUGGAUGAAGUCAUGAAAAGAAAGCUGCAUAAGUUGGAUGAAUCACUGAGACAUCCAGCAGGUUUGAGUGCAGUGGAUAGUUUAUGUGAGGAGACUGCAGCUCUAUCAACAAGCAGGAAGAAGAAAAAGAAGAGGAAGAAGAAAAAAAUCCAGCAAGAGGUGGAAUCACAAGAAAGUGAGCAGCAAGAUAAAGAGGACCCUGUAGAGACAUCCAUUGAGGAAUCAAAUUCAAGUGUGCAGCCACUCACACUUGAGAACCCAAAUAUCUCAAGAAGGUGGCAUCAAACAAGCCAUCGUUGGAGGUCCAAGAUUGAGAAGCUAGCUAACAUUGAUACUAGCAGAACAAAUAGACUGCCAGGUCUUACUCUUGUUCUUGAUCCUGAAUUUCUGAUUGCUAAUGGAAGUGAUGGAACACAAGUUUUCCUUGGUUUGAGGGAUGACGGCACUGAGGUGGCUGUGAAACGAAUGAUUAGGUUUAAUUACCAAGUCCUCAAAAAUGAGGAGCAAUUUCUACGGCUUCCAGAACUUGAUGAUCCCUCCAUCGUGCGAUAUGUGGACUUUGCUGAAGAUGACAAUUUCGGAUACCUUGUUCUUCAACUUUGUGAGUACACGCUGGAUGAAUAUAUCCAAGAUCAUUUACCAGAUGACAGCGCUGAGAGAUCUUUGAUCCUGAAGAAGCUGGUGAAGGAAGUUCUCUGCAGCUUACAGGUUUUACACAAUCAGCAGAGCAGAGUGGUCCAUCGAGACAUCAAACCCCAGAAUGUCCUGAUUGACAUAAAAGGGAAAGCCAGAUUGGCUGAUUUUGGAAUAAGUCGCCGAUUCAAACAGAGUGAAACCACUUUACGAACAAGCAUUGCUGGAACUAGAUGUUGGAAGGCAAAAGAGACCAUAAAAGAUAAGGUCAACACUAAUUACAAGAGGAGCUCCGACAUUCAGGUUGCUGGGAUGUUAGUCUACUACAUUCUCUCUGGAGGACAACAUCCAUUUGGUGAAGAUGUGGAUUGUGAGUACAACAUUUCACGAGGAAGAUACUCACUGGAGCAUCUGGAUGAUGAUGUAGCGAAGGAUCUUGUUGAAUGGAUGAUUAAUGAAAAUGCAAACGAGAGACCGACUGUGGAGCAAACCCUCGCACACCCCUUCUUCUGGACUGAUGAAAGGAGAGUGUGGUAUCUGAAAAUAUUGGGAAGCGAGAAAGAGGCUGAAAACUGUCGUAAUGCAGAUGAGGAGCUGCUUAAUGCCAUUGCAAAAUACACAGAGGGGAAAAGCUUUUCUGAAUGGAAAAAUAAAUUGCCAUCCGAGCUUGUCCAGAAACUGGACGGUAAGAAGAAACCCUAUCCUGAGAACACACUGGGCCUGCUGCGAUUUAUACGCAACCUACACGAGCAUUAUAAAGAUGAUGCUGUAAAAAUCAAAAAUAAAGAAUUAUUCACAAACCUAAAUCUAACAUAA